AUGGCAUUGUUUGGGGAGGAGAAGCUUGCUGAAUUGGAGGCAUUCGUGACGCUUGCACGCAAUGAUCCUAGCAUUCUCCACAAACAAGAACUCUCCUUCUUCAAAGAAUAUCUCUUGUCAUUAGGCGCCAAGAUUCCUGAUCCUCUGGCAGAGGAACCAAAGGAAGAAUCGGAAGAGGAGCCUUUCCACGUGGAAUCGCUGAAUGAUGAGGAGGUUGUCGCGCCCGAGUCGACACCACCCCCAGCCCUAGCACCUGCUGGAGAAAAGGAGCUUACAGAUGAUGAUUACGAAAAGCUUUCCAAAGCAAAGGAGGCAGCCGCAGAGGCACUUGAGGCAGGCGACCUCAAUAAGGCCGUCGAAUCGUAUACAAAGGCACUACUUGUUGGAAAUCCUACAGCACUUCUAUACACGCGCAGAGCUGAGGUUCUGUUUAAACAGAAGAGAUAUGCAGCAGCAGUCAGGGAUUGUGAUGAGGCUCUCAAACUGAAUCCAGACAAUGCAAGAGCUUACAGAAUUCGCGGAACUUCCAACAGGUACCUUGGGAAUUGGAAACAAGCUCACAGCGACAUAGAGAUGGGACAAAAGAUUGACUACGACGAAAACAUUUGGGACAUCCAAAAACUUGUCGAGCAAAAGUACAAGAUAAUUGAGGAACAUGAAAGAUCGGUUCAACGAAGGAGAGAGGAGAAGGAGAGGAGGGAACGCGAGAAACGGAUACGCGAACAACGAGCCAGUUCGCAAAAAGCGUACGAGGAACAGAAAAAACGUGAAGCAAGUGGUGUUCCUGGAGGAUUCCCGGGUGGAAUGCCUGGAGGCUUUCCUGGCGAAAUGUCGGGAGGAUAUCCUGGUGGAGCCCCAGGAGGAAUGUCAGGUAGUAUGCCCGGAGGGAUACCAGGCGGCGUGCCUGGUGGAAUGCCAGGUGGCAUGGGAGGCCUAGGGGGAUUACUAGGUUCCGUGAAUGAUCCUGACGUCCAACAGGUGUUCUCCAAUCCAAAGAUGAUGGCAGCGUUCCAAGAUAUUUUGACGAAUCCAGGAAAUAUGGCAAAGUACAAGGAUGACCCGGAGGUCGCAGAUGCUAUUUCUAAGUUAAUGCGCAAAUUCGGGGGAGGAAUGGCUGGAGGAUCUGGUAUUCCGCAUUGA